AUGGAGCCUUCCAAUAUCUUCGGAGGCGCCGAAGAAUGCCACAGCAGUGAAUCAGGGUGGACAAUGUACAUUGGUGACGCCGCAGCCGACGAUGACGGCGACGCAGGCACUGAUGCUGACGACGACGACGACGACGAUGAUGGUGAUCGUUUCGACAGUGCUGACGAAAGCCAAACAGAUGCCAACCAUGAAGCCGAAACUGACGACUCUAUGGCCUCCGAUGCUUCUUCGGGUCCAAGCCAUCGUUUGGAGCAGGAGGUGGAGGGUGAGGAAGAGGGCCGCCAUUGUUAUUCAGACAAGAAAGCUAGGAAAUCAUCAGUGGGCAGCAAACAAAAGCCUGAAACGAAAAAGAAACAAGACAAGGAAGAGAUGAGGAGGUUGAAGACAAAAGAAUCUAGCACUCAAUCUCCAAGUGGUUCCAGGAAAAACAUCUGGUUCGGUAAAAGAAAGUAG